AUGAUCGGGUUUGGCCGCAUUCGCAUGCAGAACCGUUUCAGUGCCCUGCCUUCCAAGUUCAAUUAUGCUGGAGUGCUUAUCCAGCCUGUAUUCGAGCAGGUCAUGACCACAGAGUUGCAGCGCGUUGGCGGCGUGUCUGUUGAGCGCAGCACCGAGCUGCUGUCGUUUUCCGUUAAUGACUCGGGCGUUACUGCAACGCUGUUACGAAAGGCCAAUGCAAAAGUGUACAAGUGGUUCGCGCAGUCAAGGGCCAGCACGUCCGAGCCCACAAAGGAAGCCGGUGAUGAAGAGCUCACCGUCCGGGCCAAGUUUCUCGUCGGCUGCGACGGCACGCACAGCACAGUCCGCAAGCAGAUGGGCUGGAAGUUCCUUGGCAAAUCCACUGGCAUACGCCAUGCACACGCCGACGUAGCCGUCGAGACAAGCAUACCGCACAUGAUCGACGGCUUGGUUCCCGACGGCGCGCCGAUUGAAGCUGAGGAGCUUCUCAACAUGGUCAGAGCACGCGUCGAGCCGCAGUUCUCUAUCCGGUUCAAACAGGUCGACCGGGUCACCACGUACGUGAUCCACGAGCGCAUGGCCGAGCGAUACAACGAUGGGCACGGGCGUGUGUUUAUCGCUGGUGACGCAGCGCACUGCCAUUCGCCAAUGGGUGGCCGUGGCAUGAACACGGGUCUGCAGGACGCCCACAACCUCGCGUGGAAACUGGCGCUGCUCUGUCACGGCGUCGGCGAUCACGCUGUGCUUGCCCAAACUGGAACGCGUCGUGGCUCGCUGCGGAUCCGCGCGUAUUCACUGCCGCUUAUCCCAAAGUCGUGGAUAAACCGGCGCCAGCUGGAGAAUUCCGACCUGAUGUAUCGUUAUUCCGCCGGGUCGCCGCUCAUUGCUGCGAGCACAGUGUCGGGCACGCCGCGCAUUCCCAGCAUGAACGAGAUGGUGCAGGUCGGUCGACGGCUGCCGUACGGGACGCUUCGCGACGCACUAUCCUGGCGGCGCACCAGCUUGCAGCUGCUUGCAGGCUCCGACGCCUUCUUCGGCAUGUUCGUGUUCGCUGCUCCGACCGAUAUUGCGCUGGCUGCGUCGCUGGCAUCGCUCUCGGCCGCGCUACGCUUGCUGCCGUGCGGGACGGACAAUAUCGUUCUGUCGCCGGUAGAGCUGGCGCAAGGCACCGACAAUGGGGACGCCGACAUGCGCCCGCGUCCCGUCAAGUUACUGUUUGCCAUCCGCGUUGUGGUUCCGUCCGGGUUCCGUAAGCUCAUAUCCAAUGCCCCCGCGAACACGGUGGUCUUUGUCGACGUGGAAGCCGAUGUCGCCCACUCGCUCGGCGUCGACGGAGAAUGGCCCGCCAAGCGCGAGAGCAUUCUGGUGGUCACGCGGCCCGACGGCAUCAUCGGAUUUACCGCAACACUGAAGAGCGAGCAUGCCGCCACAUGGCGCGGACUCGAGGCGUACUUCUCAGGCUUCAUGUCGGCAUAG